AGCAGGAAGAGUUUGUUUCCCGACUUUUGCUAACACCCUCCGUACUGAUAACAGUUUUCGCAACCAGAGUCAGGAGCAACACCACACAGGCCGCAGUAUUUUGGAGGAACUCCCAAUAGAUAUGGUAAAGGAUGUGCCUUUGGACUACAUGCACCUUGUCUGCUUAGGUGUCAUGCAAAAACUCCUUGUUCUGUGGGUUCGCGGGCCGAAAGAAGUGAGACUUGGCUCUAAAGUUCGAAGUGAAAUCUCUGAGAGGAACAUUAAACUUGCAAAGUUCAUUCCUUCUGAUUUUAAUAGGAAGCCGCGAAGUCUGGUGGAGCUAGAUCGCUGGAAGGCAACUGAACUUCGCUUCUUCUUACUAUACGGAGGGCCUUUAGUGUUGUCUUCUACAAUCCCUUCCCACAUGUAUGAGAAUUUUCUUACACUGCAUGUGGCCAUUACAAUACUAGCCUCACCUAAUUCAACUGCAAGUGAGGUUAGUUAUGCAGGUGACUUGUUAAACAUUUUUCUUCGAAACUUCAUCAACAUUUAUGGACAAGAGCAAGUGUCGCACAAUGUGCAUGGCUUAAGCCACAUUGCAUCUGAUGUGUUGCACCUAGGUUCCCUGGAUGCUUGGAGUGGCCUCUACAUAGUAGUGAAAUUUCCUGAAGAAGAUGAUGCUGUUGCCAUUAUACAUAAAAACUGGAUCGAUGGCAACGGCUGCAUGUGGCCUCCACAAACAAAAUACAUAAAAAGCUUGUUAAAAGCUGGGGCCAUGCCUGGAAAUGACUGGAGGAGUCUGCCUUGUGAAGUGGUUGAGGCAUUUGCCAAUUACGAUGAUGCUGUACGGGGCCUCAGAAAAGCUGAAGACAACUCAGACAUCGCAAGUGCAAGUGAACGUGGCAGAGGAAAAAGGAAAAAGAAAAGAAGGCUCUACAGUGACGAAGACGAGAUGCCACUCCCGCAGCCACCACAGUCUAUGCAGAAAAGAGCAACACAUGGUAUUGCAGAAAGAUCUGCAAGGAUAGAACCGUCAAGUAUUUCGACUGUUUCACAGCACUCGGCAUAUAAUGAAAGAAUGCAUGGUACUGCAAAGCGGUCUGGAAAGGAGUCACUGCACUCGUGGAACGUUCCACAGUGCUCCGCAUAUAAUGGCUUCUCGUGA